CUCUGUGCUAAAAGUUGAGUACUACAAGCAUAGAUCAAGAUUCAUGCAAUGGGAGGAGAUGGUGGUGCUGAUCCCGUAAUUCACUUUGUGUUUGUUCAUGGAGCCAGUCACGGAGCUUGGUGUUGGUAUAAACUCACCACUCUUCUCGACGCCGCCGGAUUCAAAUCCUCCUCCGUGGACCUCACCGGCGCUGGCAUCAGCCUCACCGACUCUAACACCGUAAUGGACUCUGACCAAUAUAACCGUCCUCUCUUCACUCUCUUGUCCGAUCUCCCUCCUCACCACAAAGUCAUACUCGUUGGACAUAGCAUCGGCGGAGGAAGUGUCACCGAAGCUCUUUGCAAGUUCACAGACAAAAUCUCCAUGGCCAUUUACCUCGCCUCUGCCAUGGUUCAACCCGGAUCCAUCCCUUCUCCAAAUCUUUCAAACAUUCAUGUGGGAGAAGAAGAAAUAUGGGAUUACAUAUAUGGUGAAGGUGCCGACAAGCCACCCACUGGCAUCCUCAUGAAGCAGGAGUUUAGACGCCACUAUUACUAUAGCCAAAGCCCUCUUGAGGACGUAACUUUGUCAUCUAAGCUGUUGCGUCCUGCUCCUGUGAGGGCCUUUCAAGAUCUUGGUAAGCUGCCUCCAAAUCCCGAGGCCGAGAAAGUUCCUCGAGUGUACAUCAAGACUGCUAAAGAUAAUCUAUUUGAUUCUGUGCGUCAAGACCUUUUGGUGGAGAAUUGGCCACCUUCUCAGUUGUAUGUCUUGGAGGAGAGUGACCAUUCUGCUUUCUUCUCUGUCCCAACUACCUUAUUCGCGUAUCUCCUCCGUGCGGUUUCUUUUCUUCAACGAUAAACUUAAACUUCAAUCUUUAGUGACAAUGUCUGGUCUCAUCAUCCUUCCUACAUUCCGAUUUGAUAGCAAUCUAAUCGGGGAACAACUAGAUUAUGAUUCUAUCAUGUACUUUCCUUUAUGUUAUUUGAUUUGAGUUUGAAUAAGCUUUACAUGUGAAG